UAUUGUUUUUUUUUGUAAAAAUGCGUUAUUGUAUCGCUCUCGUUGUAAAACUAUUGCUUUUCGCCUAACCUAAAACAUUAUAUUUUUUUUACUACUAAAAUCGUUCGUCUGGUGUUAUUUCGAUUGUUAGCCUAUUUGAACCGGCAGCGUAAUAAAAAACCAAAUUUGUAUAAUAUUAAUUGACUUUUCAAUGGCUUCCCGCAAUCGAGAUAUUGGUAGAAAAUAUGAUUCUGGAAGUGCCAAAAGAAAAAGAAAUAAAAAAAGGAAAGUACUUGAAGGGCAGCUUCGUAACACAUUAACCAAGUUAUUAAAAGCUGAAACUUCUAAGAACGGUAGUGAUAUUGAAAUUCCAAAGAAAACUGUAACUUGUGGUCCAUUAGGAUUACACAGUGCAAGUUUAGAAAGCCCUGAAACACAUAAUCAUUCUACCCCUGCAGAUCCAUCUUCAUUAACCCCCCAGUCAGUGUCUGCUACUUUAGAACUGCAGCUAGAACACAGAUCAGCCCAGCAACCAGUACCGGGAUCACCGCUUUCGAGAGAUCUGUUAUUAAUAAGUUCGACACCAUCAUUUUUAGACCCAGUAAAAGAGAAAUAUUAUCAAUUUGAGGCCUAAGAGAAUGAUGAAACCAGGGACACCUACGACAUAAGUAAUCCCUAUAU